AUGCUAGUGCCAGGAAUUACUUUUUUUGGAACACUCUGUAUUUUCCUUGGGACCGUAACUUCUUCAAAUGUCACUUACACCCCAGAUUGGGCGUCACUUGACACUCGACCUUUACCGUCAUGGUAUGAUGAGGCAAAAAUAGGUAUUUUCAUUCACUGGGGAGUUUUUUCGGUUCCCAGUUAUGUCAGUGAGUGGUUCUGGUGGUAUUGGCAAGGAAAACCCCCAGAACCACGUGUUUGGGUUUACAUGCAGACCUACUACCCCAGUGGGUUCUCGUACCCGGACUUUGCACAGAAUUUUCGUGCCGAAUUCUUUAAUCCUAAGCAAUGGGCAGAAAUUUUUGCAGCCUCUGGUGCGCAGUACGUAGUUCUCACAGCAAAACACCACGAGGGAUAUUGCAAUUGGCCUUCUUCGGUCUCCUGGAAUUGGAAUUCAAAAGAUGUAGGCCCAAAAAGGGAUAUUGUUGGCGACUUAGCUGAUGCUAUUCGAUCCAAAACAUCCCUCCGUUUCGGUGUUUAUCAUUCCAUGUUUGAGUGGUUUAAUCCCCUCUACCUUGCCGAUAAGGCUACUGGUUAUAAACAACAGACAUUCGUCCUUCAAAAAACGAUGCCAGAACUCUUCGAUUUAGUGCUUCGAUAUCAUCCAAGUAUAAUAUGGUCAGAUGGAGCACCAGGAACAAGUGAUUAUUGGAAGUCGAAGGAAUUCCUUGCCUGGUUGUACAACGACUCUCCGGUGAAAGAUGAAGUUGUGGUAAACGAUCGUUGGGGCUCAGAUUCUGAUUGUAAACAUGGUGAUUUCUACAACUGUGAAGAUAGGUACCAUCCGGACAAACUUCCCAAUCAUAAAUGGGAAAGCUGUAUAACGCUUGACAAGCACUCUUGGGGAUUCAGACGGGAAAGUCGACUCUCUGAUUACUUGUCAAAUCAAGCCAACUAA